GAGGCAAUUGAAGCCAUACUAAUAUACAGCAAGGACGCUAAAGAGCUCUUGAAAAGGCGGAAAGUUCACCGAGAUGCAAUUUUUAAAUACCUGGCUGCAGAAAAACUUGCAGUGCCACCGUCUAGUGAUAAGAAUCAGCUGAUUCAGUAUGCGAUUGAUCAUUGGGCAGGACCAACAGUUCACAAGAAAACAGUUCCUGAAAAGAAGGUUAGCAGGCUAAAAUGUUAUUUUUACAAACCAGUUCAAGAAGCAGAACCCAACCUGGAGCCAACAGACUUUAAAUUACUUGGUGAAAAGUUUUGUGAGUGGUUCUACAUUCUUCUGAACUCCCAGAAUCCUUCCUUUGGACAAGAAAAGGGAGCCUGGGGACCAGAACACUUCUGGGAGAAUGCCAUACUUCGGUUUGCCUACAAAGCAGCCGAGCAAGCUACAGAGGAACACAAGGGUGCUCAGAUGGCGAGUCUCCGCCUGCUUGCACUUACACGAGAUGAGAGAUUGAUAUUUAGUCCCAGUACUGACAGCAGGGGAUUAAAAUGUGUGUCUUCUCUUCAUGGACUGGUGGUGGUGGCAGUUGCUGGUACAAUCCACAGGGAUGGGGCCUGUAUGGGAAUCUUUGAACAGAUCUUUGGACUAAUACGUUGUCCGAUUGGUAAAAAUUGGAAGAUCAAACAUGUGGAUCUGAAAGUCAUGGGGCAGAACAAGCUGAGCUCUGAGCAGACAAAAUGUUUGCCUUCUGUUACCUAUGAGACUAGGGACUUGGAGCUCUACUUUCCUGAGUCUUCUACUGGCUGA